CAUAGACCAAUUUUACAAAAUUGGAAAAAUACUAAAACACUUCCCUAAUACACAUAAUAAUUAACAAUGACAAAGAGUUGAAAAUUCAAUAUUAGAAACGUUGAACCUGUCUAGAGUGUGUAUAAAUAAAGAAGUGUGGAGAUAUCAUAUCAUACCCCAAACCUUUACAAAGAUCCCCUUUUCUAAUCUCUUGUUCUUGUUUUUUUUUUUUUGUUUUUUGGUAAUUAUUUGUGUGAAGCAGGUGAAGGAAUCAUGGGUCGUCGUAAGAUAGAGAUUAAGGAAGUGAAGGAUCCGAACACAAAGCAAGUUACAUUUUCGAAGCGUCGAACAGGUUUAUUUAGAAAAGCAAAUGAAUUAUCCAUCUUGUGUGGAAUAGAAAUUGCUAUUAUUGUGUUCUCUCCUGGUAACAAGCCUUACUCUUUUGGGCACCCAAGUGUUGAUGCUGUGACGGCUAAGUUUCUUCAACAAGAGCCUAAAUCAAAUAAUGAAGUUGGUCAUGACAUUGACAUGGAAACACUCAACAAACAACUAUUUGAUGUUCAAGCUCAAAUCCGUAAGGAACAAAAGAAGGCCGCGAAGCUUGAUGCACGCAUGAAACAACAUAAGGUCACCCAACUCUCUCACCAACAAUUGAAAGAUUCAUUUUCAGAACUUCAAUACAAUGUGAAGGACUAUAUUGAUGCCAUCGAGGUCUCAGAAUGUAUGAUGCUCCUCGCUAAAGAACCCGUAGUUGGCAUAAAAAAACAAGUUUCAAAGAAAAAAUGAAACAAUUCAUGCUCACUGCCAUCAAAAUUAUGUUCAGAUUUUAAUUUCCUUGACCCUAAAAUCUUGUUGCCCCUAGCUAUCUAUGAUUUUCUGUUCGUUGAAUUUCAAAAUGUUACAAGGCACCAAAAAUAAACUCUUUAAUUAUUGUCUCAGAUGUUGUUAUUAUAUUUGUGCAGGAAUUUGAUGUUUUUUAAG